UUGAAAAAGAAAACAAAAUUAUAAGCAAAAAGAAAUAAUAAAUCAGGGAUGCCCCAAUUGUGGAUGGGCUAGUAUAAUGACCACCAACAUAAUCACUACACCACCGUGGCCAACCACCCCUACCCACCCUAUCACCGCCGCCCUCCGCCGCAUAUCCCCACCGCUCAAAACCCCCAACCCAUUUCGUGUCCAAACCUCAACUCAACCCAACUCCUCAAAUCUCUCUCUCUCAAACCCCAACAACACUAAUAUUAGUAAUAAUAAUAAUCCCCAAGACCAAACACUAAUCUUGCUUCUCCGACAGAGAAAAACAGAAGAGGCUUGGUUAGCUUACUCGAACUUAACUAAACUCCCCAACCCCACUUGUCUAAGCCGCCUAAUUUCUCAAUUAUCUUACCAGAACACUCCUUCUAGCUUCGCUCGAGCCCAAUCUAUCAUCACGCGUCUCCGUGAUGCGCAACAGCUGCACCGCCUCGACGCCAACUCUCUGGGCCUGCUGGCAGUUUCCGCUGCUAAAUCAGGUCAAAUUCUUUAUGCUACUUCGAUUAUUAAGUCUAUGCUUAAGUCUGGUUAUCUUCCUCAUGUUAAGGCUUGGAGUGCUGUUGUGAGUCGAUUAGCAUCGUCUGGUGAUGAUGGCCCGGCUGAGGCUGUGAGGUUGUUUCAGUCUGUUGUUAAGAGGGUGAGGCGUUUUUCGGACCCGGAUGUGGUGGUUGAUUCGAAGCCUGAUACGGCUGCGUUUAAUGCUGUGCUUAAUGCGUGUGCGAAUUUAGGGCUUAGUAAGCGGUUCUUGGAAUUGUUUGAUGAAAUGCAGGAGUUUAAGUGUGAACCUGAUGUUUUGAGUUAUAAUAUUAUGAUUAAGUUGUGUGCGAGGGUUAAUAGGAAGGAUUUGCUUGUGUUUGUAUUGGAGAGGAUUCUUGAUAAGGGGAUUCCGUUGUGUAUGACGACGUUGCAUUCUCUUGUGGCGGCUUAUGUGGGUUUUGGUGAUUUGGAGAUUGCGGAGGAAUUGGUACAAGCAAUGAGGGAAGGUCGGUUAGAUAUAUGUAGAGUUCUUAGGGAGUGUUCUGAUUCGGAAUUUGUUAGGAAGACGGAGAAUCAUGUGUUUGCAAAGUUGCUUCCGAAUUCGGUUAGCUCAAAUGAUUAUGAACCGCCAAUGUUAAAAAAAGCUUACAAACCAGAUUCUAGAAUAUAUACGACGUUGAUGAAGGGAUAUAUGAAGCAAGGUCGUGUUUUGGACACAAUGAGAAUGUUAGAAGCGAUGCGUCAACAAGAAGAUAGUGGCAGCCACCCUGAUCAUGUUACAUAUACGACAGUAAUAUCUGCGUUUGUUAAGGUUGGAGCAAUGGAUAGAGCAAGGCAGGUGCUGGCUGAGAUGUCUAGGAUUGGUGUUCCUGCUAAUAGGAUUACUUAUAAUAUUCUUCUCAAGGGCUACUGCGAACAACUUCAGAUAGAUGAGGCUAAAGAAUUGAUUCGUGUAAUGGCUGAUGGUGAUGCAGGUCUGGAGCCUGAUGUGGUAUCUUAUAAUACUCUAAUUGAUGGGUGUAUAUUGAUUGACGAUGGUGCUGGGGCUCUUACCUAUUUUAAUGAAAUGCGAGCAAGAGGAAUUGCUCCUUCCAAGGUUAGCUACACCACCUUAAUGAAAGCAUUUGCUUUGUCAGGUCAGCCAAAGCUAGCCAACAAAGUUUUCGAUGAGAUGCUCAAUGACCCAAGAGUGAAGGUUGAUUUGGUUGCUUGGAAUAUGUUGGUCGAAGGGUAUUGUAGGCUGGGAUUACUUGAAGAGGCAAAGAGGAUAGUAGAGAGGAUGAAAGAGAAUGGAGUUCAUCCAAAUGUGGCGACAUAUGGAAGUCUUGCAAAUUGUAUUGCAUUAGCCAGAAAACCUGGAGAAGCACUUCUGCUAUGGAAUGAAGUAAAGGAGAGAUGUGGAAUGGAGGAUGGAGAGUAUUUGAAAGCUUCAGAUGUCCCGCGAUUACAGCCUGAUGAAGGGCUAUUAGAUACACUGGCUGAUAUCUGUGUUAGGGCUGCUUUCUUUAAGAAAGCAUUGGAGAUUGUGGCUUGCAUGGAAGAGUAUGGAAUACCACCAAACAAGACAAAGUACUCCAGAAUAUAUGUUGAAAUGCAUUCAAGGAUGUUUACAAGUAAACAUGCGUCCAGAGCCAGACAGGAUCGAAGGAAGGAAAGGAAAAAAGCCGCGGAGGCUUUCAAGUUUUGGUUGGGAUUGCCUAAUUCUUAUUAUGGGAGUGAGUGGCGCCUUGAAGCUGCUGAUGGAGACGACUGAGCAUUUCAUUUUGUUUAACAUCCAAUUCACUGAAAUAUAUUAACUGUUACGAUUCUUGUUGGAUGGAUAGUGUAGAACGAUAUUGUAAUACAGAAGCAAAUAUAGUAUAAUGUUGUGGAUGUAUCAUAUUAUUAUUUGUUCCAUAAUAUUGUCAUUUAGGUUCAAUUUGAGCA